AUUACAAUUCUUUAGAGAAGAUGAAUCCCUGAAGAUGAGUUACUUAUUACAAACAUGAGCAAAAUCGCAAAAUGGUUGAAAAAAGAGCAAGAGAACUCCAUCCUUACAAAAGUGAAGAACCUAAAAAACCAGAAUCCCUGUGAGACGUGGGACCUGUUUGAGGAGAUCGGUGAUGGAAACUUUGGCACUGUCUACAAGGCGCGACUAGUAUCACAGCCGAGUGUGGUGUGCGCAGCUAAGAAGAUAGCGCUGUGUGAGGAUGAGGAGGAGGAAGUGUACACUACGGAGCUGAUGGUCCUGUCGGAGUGCAAACAUACUAACGUACUGAAACUGCUGGACUGCUUUAUUCACAUCGACAAUAUAUAUCUAAUGCUGGAGUUCUGUGCGCUGGGAGCUAUGGACACCAUUCUGAAGGAGCUGGACCGGGGACUGGACGAGGAGGCCAUCAAAAUAGUCACUAAACAAACUCUAGAGGGGUUAAGGUAUCUGCACAAGAACUCUAUAAUACAUAGAGAUGUUAAAGCCGGCAACCUGCUUCUCACUGAUCAAGCUGUCGUCAAAAUAGCUGAUUUUGGAGUGUCAGCUCGGAACAAGAACCACUCGAGAAAGAGAAUCUCACACGUGGGAACUCCCUACUGGAUGGCUCCAGAGGUUAUAGUCUGCGAGACAGUAAAAGAUAAUCCCUACGAUUACAAGGCAGAUAUUUGGUCGUUAGGGAUCACUAACCUGGAGUUAGCUGAAAUGAACCCUCCUGGUCACGAACUCCAUCCUGCAAGAGUUCUUCUCAAAAUACCCAAAAGUCCACCACCUACAUUCCUUUACCCUGGCAAAUGGAGUGAGCAAUUUACCGACUUCCUAUCACGAUGCCUUGUAAAGGAUCCUAAGAAGAGAAGCAGCGCCGAUCAACUUCUGAAGAACAAGUGGAUUUCAUCAUGUCGUGAUAACAAAGCCCUAAGAAUGGUGAUUGGAGAAGUUUCAGCUCCAGUAGAGGAGAGGUUGGAGGCGGAGGAGGAGGAGCAAGGAGGAGACAUGAUGGCUUCCAACAUGUCUCUGGAUUACCAGCCCGACCUUCAGAAACAAGCUCUGAUGCGUGCGAUGAGCAUGAAGAGUAACCAUGGUAACGGCCCCAAGUUUGGAAUCUCAGUGCUGCCCCCUGGUCCGGCAACAAUGUCAACUCCCAAUCUUCUAGAGACAGAAGGUCCACGCUUGGAGGAGCAGGUGGGGAUGUUCAAGCAGAACUCCGAACUCAAUCUCAACUCAAGUCUUACCUACCUACAGAUACCCCAGAAUAAUGACACUGAAAAGAUGUACAGAAGGACACGAUCUCGUAAGUUUGUGAUAGACGGGGAGGAGCUGGUAAGACACACUGAGGAUCUGAUAAGUAUCAGAGACGAAAGUAAAACUACUUACGCUCAACGUGUAUACAAACUCAGGAAAGAAGUAGAAAAGGAGUACAACUUGCUGAGAAAGACAGAGCUUAAGGAUCAGAAGAAGAUGAUGGGGAAGUGGAAGGCUGAGCGAGACGACCUCAUAAAGUCUCAGAGAGCUGAAGCGGAUGGUAUCCUCAAGGCUUGCAACCAAAUCCUCGAUAAAACUCACAAAGACAGGAAAAAGGAGUUAGAAAAGAAAGAAAAAGAGCAUGGCGCUGAGUUCAAUUCUUUAGUGGAAACUCUGAAGAAAGAGAAAGAAAAGUUGCUGAAGGAACACGCUAAGCAGGCCAAAGUAACAAGACGGUCUAUGAAGCGUGGAAUUGAACCAAAACUGGAACCUAUUGAAACUGAGAAUGACCAAAGAUUAAGACACUGUGAGCUACACGAACAGCUUAGCAAGGAACAGAAGCAGUCGAUGCUGGAACUGGAACUGAAGUAUAUAGAAAUAACCCGUGAAAUAGUUCUAAAGCGGGCGGAGGAUCUUUAUGAGAUCGACUCCGCGUAUUGUAUCAAAAUGUUUGAUCUGGGAUUAGAGCAGCUCAAGGUUAACUUCGAGAUGCAGCAAGAGCACAACCGGAUUAAACAUCAAAAGGAGCAAGAAUUCACAAAGAGAACACUGGCUCUAGAAGAAGCAGAACUGAUGAAACAACAAGAGGUGGAUCGCAAGAACGUCCCAAAGAAGAUCAAGGAAGACAAGAAACGUCGCCUAGAAGUGGUUAAUAAAAGUGUUGCCCUGCUCAGCAGAUCGGAGAGGAAGAAAUUCCUUGAACAGUUCAAAGUAGAACAGAAGGACCGCGAAUCAGAGAUCUGGAAGGAAGUGUGGGACAUACAGAAGGAGCAGAAGGAGAACUUUCUGACCCGAAAGAAGGAGACAAUUGAGCGGUGCCGACAGAUCCAGGUUGAGGCGGAGGGGAGUGUUUUGGAAACUCAGCGGCACAAGAAGGCUGAGCGGACAGAACUCUGUGAACAGGAGAAGAGGAAAAUAAAGAGAAAAUACGAUGAAAAGAUCGAGGAGUUCGAAGAGCGGCACAGCCAUAACAGGGAGAGCGUGGAGAAGUAUUACCACAAAAUAGGGAAUCUAGCGCCCAACGCCUACAACCCUCUCCCCAUGACCCAGAGCAAGGCGGACCUGACCUUUACCCGGAACUCUUACGCCGGCUACUCCGGGAGAUACUCUGAAGACUCCAGGACCAGCAACUCCUCUAACAGACUCUCUGUAGCUAGUCAGUGUGAUAUGAGUCCGUUCGAGCCAUCUGGAUCUGAUAGAAUAAAUGAGGUAUUUGGUUUCCUGAACGACGAAGAUACCACAACAGACUCCCACCCUCUGUCAGAACUAGAGCGUUUAGGUGUCCCUCUCCCUCCUCUCCCAGUAGAAAGAGAAACAUACCUAAACACAACAUUAGUUCCUGAACCAGACUAUCAGGACAUCGUGUUUGACCAUGACGACUUCGUCUCAGAGCCGGAACUAGAAGUACUGUCUGAUGAUCCAGAUGUUGUGUGUCACCCAGAACCGUUAAUGCUGCCGGAGCCGGACGGACUAUUUGAGUGUGACCCUCUGCAGGACCCCCCUCCCCCGGUAGACACACCCCCUUACAGCCCUCUCUUCAACCCUGACAGUCCUCUUCUUAACCCUGACAGUCCCCUCAUGAUUAACGCUGUAGUUGUUCCGCUCUUUAGGUCGGAGCCCCACACUCCCACUAAUAAUCCUCCUCCUAAACCUCGCAAGCCCGAGUCCGAUUACAGAGAAAGAUUAUUUACUGGUGACAGUUUAGGACGCCGAGUCUCCACGCCAAUGUCUAACGGCUCCUCCACGCCGGAUGACGGAGGUUCAACACCCGCCACUUGCAUGUCACCUGCUCCGGGUGAUGUCAUCACCAAACCAGCUCUCUUCCUGUCGAGCACCUCGCCCACUUCCGGGACCCUCUCCCCAACACUCACCAAGUGCUCAGCUGAAUCUGUAGGGUCUCCGGACAGUGGGGACAAGCUUUACGUUCAGCCGCCUCCUAAACCUCAGCGCGCUUCUACCCUGGGCAGGGCCAGAGUUGAGGACAUUUCAGCAAGCUGCGAUGGACUCUGACCACAUUUCCCAUUCAACUUUUGAAAUGCUAAAUACGCCGAAUGAUGCUACUAGCUUAUGAAUAUGAGACGUGAACUUCGAUGCUAUCGCCAAAUGAAAUGCCAUCCUCAAAUAUCAAUGCUAACAGUAACAGGUUAUAAUAUACGUCACUUAAAUAAUAAUAGAGAAGUGAGAACUAAUUUUACUUUUAGAAGGGUAGACGUGGCUUGAUUAAAAUGUUUCUAUUCCUCUAUUAUUUCCAUCAUGGAUUGAUUUCAAAUUGAAAGUGAAAUAUUGACAAAACCUUAGAGAGGAUAUGGCUACUUUAAAAUAGCUCCAGUUCUUUAGCUAAAUCUGCACAAGUUAAACCAUUAAACGAACGACUCAAGCACCUUUUUAUCGACUAAAACACGUUUUAAAUUCUGGCAAAAACGAAUUUAUUCAAUUUUUAAAUUUUUAUUUGUUAUAUUUUCUUGUACUUGUAUAACAUACUGAAUGUGUUUAUAAAAAGUUUGGAUUGAUAUUGAGUUUGACUUUAAUAAGCUUUUAUAAGCUUUAAACUUGUAAUAAGAUUUUUAAUAUCUCUUUGGUUUAGUAAUUGUAAAGUUUUGUAUUACUUCUUACCGAAUAUUUAUACUUA